CGUUAUCCCCUUUCUCUGGCUACAUCCUUACGUAGUGUACACUAUCCAGUGGAGCUUGAAUUUGCCAAGGCACCGAGGCAGUGGAAGGAAGACAAUGGCGGUUUCUCUAUCGGCGCUCACAACCUCCCUCUCUUCACUUUCCUUCUCUUCCCACAUUUCCCAGAGACCAAACACUCUCUCCUUCGCCAGAACCGAAUCCCUCUCCGUCUCCGUCUCGCGCUUCCCCAAAACCCCCUCCUCCCUCGUCGUUUCCGCCACCGCACUCGCGGAACCGGAAACCGAAGACCUCAAGAACUACGUCAAGUCGAGGCUCCCAGGUGGAUUCGCCGCGCAAACUAUCAUAGGCACCGGUCGCCGUAAGAGCGCCAUCGCUCGCGUCGUUCUUCAGGAAGGAACCGGCAAAUUCAUCAUCAAUUACCGUGACGCUAAGGAAUAUCUUCAAGGAAAUCCAUUGUGGCUUCAAUACAUUAAGGUCCCCUUAAUAACUUUGGGAUAUGAAAGUAAUUAUGAUGUUUUUGUCAAAGCUGAGGGCGGUGGCCUGUCUGGUCAGGCUCAGGCAAUCUCUCUUGGCAUUGCUCGUGCCUUGCUGAAGGUGAGCGAAGAUCAUAGAGUACCUUUGAGACAGGAAGGACUUCUUACAAGAGAUUCCAGAGUGGUUGAGAGGAAGAAAGUUGGUCUCAAGAAAGCUCGUAAAGCCCCUCAAUAUUCCAAGCGUUGAGGUUGGGAUGUUACAUUUGUAGGUUUUUCGGGUUAGGAAAAGUAAAGAGAAAUUGAAAAAUAUCCGAAGGCGUAUGUAUUCAGAAUCCUGCUCCCUGUUUUCCCAUCUCUUGUUUCCUUGAUCUGUAUGGAAUUGGGAAUUUUAGGUAUGUAAUAUUUGUCUCUCCCUUUUACCCCCAACCAAAAUCACAUGUUUUACUAUAUUUCAGGUUUCUUUUCAAGACCUAAAUUUUGUGGUCUUUUACUCUUCAUUUCUUGUGCCUGUUUGUACCUUCAUUUGGCAUAUUGAAAUAUUUGAAACAAUGACAUGUGAAAUUUCUUACUAUCUCAA